ACCAGGGCUGGGGAUCGAACCUGCAAUCUCAGGUAUGUGCCCUUGACUGAGAAUCGAACCUGAAACCCCUCAGUGCGAGGGCUGACUCUAAAACCACUGAACCACACUCGCCACUGCAGUAAAUGCUUGUUUUUCAUUUUAACUUGAGGUAGUGUGUAGUGAAGGAAUUACCUUCCAAUCUUUUUCCCUUGGGAAGUUCUUCGAGCUCUUAGCUUUGGUUAGGUGUACACAUGGAAUGAGAAAGGACAACUGAAAGUCAUUUGUGUUAAAUCAACCCAGGUGAUUAGUAGGUUUGAGUUUUAAGGCUUAUAAUCUUUGUAUAUUAUUUGAAAUAUGUAUUUUUAAUUUUUUUCUUAAUCUCUAAAGUUGACUUGUAGUUUCUCUAAGAUUCCUUUUAGAUAUAAAACUCUGUAACUAGAUCCCUUAAGGCAGUGGCUUUAAUAACUUCCAAACAAAAAGUUUGAGAUGAUGAUGUAUUUCAAGAAGUUGAUAAUCUAUUUUAUAGUGUUAUUUCACAUUUAAAAAUCAAAUUCAAGCUCACUUUUGCACCUGACCCAUUAUAUGACUUUCUUCUAACUAUCCAACUUUCUUACCAUAUUUAAUCUCAACCAUUUGCUUUACAUUGUAGUCUAAUAAUCUGUUACUGCCCACAUUGUCUACCUGCUACCCUCUUUACCAUAUAUUCACUAUUCAAAGUCCUACUCCUUAUACUUGGGUUUUCUCUCGCUGGUUUUUUGGGUUUUUCCUCAUAUUCCUUAUCUCCCACUGUUUUCUGCUCUUAAAAUGUAAUGUUACACUAUAUCCAUUUAAAAUAAUUUUAUGGUCUCUAUUAUGUUCUUGAUUAAAUGGUGAAUUCUUUAAUAUGGUUAUUCCUUGGCUCUCUUUAAAAACAUUACUUGGCACGCAGCAUGAUGAAGAAAGACAAGAAGACCUUCAACCAGAGCCUGGCCAAGUGGAAGCUCUUCAUCUACAACCAGACCACUGGAGAGUUCCUGGGGCGCACAGGCAAGAGCUGGGGUUUGAUCUUGCUCUUCUACGUAGUCUUUUAUGGGUUCCUGGCUGCACUCCUCAUAUUCGCAAUGUGGCUUAUGCUUCAGACUCUGAACGAUGAGGUUCCAAAAUACCGAGACCAGAUUCCUAAUCCAGGACUUACGGUUUUUCCAAAACCAGUGUCGGCGUUAGAAUAUUCAUUCAGUAUGUCUGAACCAGAGUCCUAUAAAGGGUACAUUGAAGACCUUAAGAACUUUCUGAAGCCAUAUGCUUCGGAAGAACAGAAGACUCUCCGACUCUGCCCGGAUGGACAGCUCUUUCAUCAGGAGGGUCCGGUUUAUCAAGCAUGUCAGUUUCCUCUUGACUUACUUGAGGAAUGCAGUGGGGUGAAGGACCCUAACUUUGGCUACUCCAGUGGGAACCCUUGUAUUCUUGUAAAAAUGAACAGAAUAAUUGGUUUAAAGCCUCAAGGUGAACCGAAGAUAUCAUGCUCUGGUAGUUCUAAGGGUGGAAACAUGACAGCUGUAUUAACUUAUCCUCCAGAUGGACAUAUGGACUUAAAAUAUUUUCCAUAUUAUGGGAAAAAACUGCAUGUGAGUUAUCUACAGCCAUUAGUUGCUGUCCAACUCAGCCUCGGUGCUAGCAAAACCCCAAAAGAAGUAACAGUCGAGUGCAAGAUUGUUGGAUCACCCAACCUGAAAAACCAUGAUGAUCGUGACAAGUUUUUAGGACAAGUUGUAUUUAAAAUCACAAUGCGUGCAUAGUAGGAGUUAGAAUAUGUCCACAGAGUAAAUGUUGUGUUGUCUGUCUUCAUUUUGUAUCAGCCGGACCUGACAUUCUAGAAUUAUGGGACCACCUGAGAGAGAGUUGGGGUGGUACAUGACACUGCGGUAGCAUUGUAAUGUGCUUCCCCAUCAUAGUGUUCAGUGUCCUCUGAAGUAACUGCCUGUUGCCUCUGCUGCCUUUGGGAACCAUUGUACAGUCGCCAGAUGGGGCCUGUGAACACCUGAUUCUGAAUACGUGGGUCUUGUCCUAUUUUUUUAUGUGGUUUAAUUGCCAACUGUCUAAAGCUUAAUGUGCUGUGCCAUGUAAAUAUUUUGUAGAUUUAACCCUGGUUAAUUGUCAUAUUUUGAUGCCAGCACAUUUUUAAGGGUAAAAUGGUACCUGACCAACAUGAACAGCUGCAAGAAAUGUGUGUGGAGUUCUUUGUGUGAAGAGGAUCACAGGAAAUAAAAGUGGGUUUGAAA